UUUCUGUCCAAGCUGCGUGCGGGGAGAUGGCGCGCUAGGGCGCAGAUUGGUGUAGGCCUGCUUGGAUGCGUGUUCGUUGUUGAAAGUGACAAAGGUGUGUCUCUUUUGGAGCUGCCUGAGAGGGGAGGCCAUUUUGUACAGCGAGGCAGGCAGGCAGGCGUCUGUACAUGUCUGUAUGUCUGUGCUCACGUCAGGAACAGGAAGCGUGCCAUUGUGCGUAUGAGAGAGAACAUUUUCUGUGUUGUGGGGGCGAGGGUUAUACCAGAGGCGCUAGUAACAACACCCAAACCUAUUUCUUCACUUUGCCGAGCGUUCACUGUCCUUUCUACACUGUUUCCUCUGUGCAAUGGAUGGCAGGGAUCUGAGAAGCCUCUUUCUUCUGCUGUCCUCUACGGCCAUACUACCAUGAGCACUUCUACUCCAUCCACAGCUAAUGGCAACGAUAGCAGACAGUUUAAAGGAGAUCGUUCUCCCUGUGGUCCUUCCCGAGUCCUCCACGUCCGCAAGGUUCCCAUCGAGGUGUCUGAGGCUGAGCUCAUCUCUCUAGGAGUCCCUUUCGGUAGAGUCACUAACCUGUUGAUGCUCAAAGGGAAAAACCAGGCUUUUAUAGAAAUGGCUUCAGAGGAGGCAGCGAUCACCAUGGUGAACUACUACACCACAGCAACACCGCACGUACGCAACCAGCCAGUCUACAUCCAGUACUCCAACCACCGCGAGCUCAAGACAGACAACCUGCCCAAUCAGGGGAGAGUUCAGGCAGCAUUGCAGGCAGUCAAUGCAGUGGCGUUGGGUGGUUCAGCAUCUGGCGGUGACGGAACCCUGAUGCCAGGACAGAGCCCCGUGCUGCGCAUCAUCGUAGAAAACCUCUUCUACCCUGUAUCUCUGGAGGUGCUACACCAGAUCUUCUCUAAGUUCGGGACAGUGCUGAAGAUCAUCACUUUCACCAAGAACAACCAGUUCCAGGCCCUGCUACAAUAUGCUGACCCGAUGAAUGCCCACCACGCCAAAGUGACUUUAGAUGGCCAGAACAUCUAUAACGCGUGCUGCACUCUGCGUGUGGAGUUCUCCAAGCUGACCAGCCUGAAUGUGAAAUACAACAACGACAAAAGCCGAGAUUUCACCCGCCUGGAUCUUCCCUCUGGAGAUGGACAACCUACCAUGGACCCUGCCUUGACUGCCGCCUUCGGUGCCCCAGGUAUCAUCUCUUCGCCUUACGCUGCAGGUUUUGGCCCCGCUAUCGGGUUCCCCCAAGCAGGUCUGUCCAUGCACACGAUGACCGGCGCUCUGGGACCCCUCGCCAUGCCCGGCUCAGUCUCGGGACGGAUGACCCUACACGGCAUGGCCCCCAUCGCUGUUCACGCCGUUCUCCUUGUCUCCAACCUCAACCCUGAUAGCAUAUCACCACACGGACUGUUCAUCCUAUUUGGGGUAUAUGGUGAUGUGCAUCGGGUCAAGAUUCUGUUCAACAAGAAAGAGAAUGCCUUAAUCCAGAUGGCCGACGCUACUCAGGCACAGCUUGCAAUGUCCCACCUGAACGGCCAGCGGCUGCACGGCAAGGUGAUCAGAGUGACCAUCUCUAAGCACCAGACGGUCCAGCUGCCCAGGGAGGGACAGGAAGACCAGGGCCUCACUAAAGACUUCAGCGGCUCCCCGCUACACCGCUUCAAGAAGCCUGGAUCCAAGAACUUUCAGAACAUCUUCCCUCCCUCUGCCACCCUCCAUCUAUCCAACAUCCCUCCAUCUAUAACAGAUGACAUCCUGAAGGAGCUGUUUGCUGGGACUGGAUACACAGUCAAGGCCUUCAAGUUCUUCCAGAAGGACCGUAAGAUGGCUCUGAUCCAGUUGGGUUCAGUGGAGGAGGCCAUCCAGGCCCUGAUCGACCUCCACAACCACGACCUGGGAGAGAACCAUCACCUCCGCGUGUCCUUCUCCAAGAGCACCAUCUGACCCGCCUCACCCAGCUCCCCCACCCCCAGGGCCUCGCUCCUGGGCUGGGCUAACCCCAUGCCCCC